AUGAUUUCAUCAUCAUCCAAGAAACUUUCAGAAGUGUCAGAAGUGUUUAAGAAUGUUUCGAAAUCAGUGUUAAGUAAAACAGAAAAAUUUAAAAGUUUAAAAUCAAUAGCAAAGAACGAAAUAUUUGCUUCUAGAACAUCCAAAUUCUUUCAAUAUCGACUGAAUUCAAAGGAGGUUCCAAAUGUUCCAAAUGUUCCAGAUAUUCCAGAUAAUAAGAUAAAUUUACCCGCAAUCCUUCCAGAAGUGGAUGUGAAAAUUCAAAAAGUUCAACAUUCAAUUGACGAUAAAGAGAAAUCAUCAACGAAAAAUAUACCAUCACAAGAAGAAGUAGCAAUUUUAUUUUUACAAGAAUUAUUACAAGAUUUUGAGAAUAUUUUAACGAACACGGAAGAUUUUAAAGGAUUCGAUAAGUAUGCGACGGAUUGGAUGAGAAAUUACAUUGAAGAGAAUAUGAAAAGGAUCAAGGUGGAAUAUAUAUUUGAAGUUUUAUUAAAAUUUUAUCAAGAUAAUCACCUCGAAUAUUUCUCUUCGCUUUUGGGAUUUUUUUAUCAAUAUGGAAUUGGACAUAAGGUUAAUAAUAAGAAGGCAUUAGAAUUGUAUAAGAUCACCACGAAACAAGAUAAUUUGGGGAAAAAUAUUUAUAAUCAUUUACAAAACAUAAACAAAUCGGUCGGGGAAUAUUUAUUAGCAUUAUAUUAUUACAAGGAUAUUAUCGUGGAUAGACAAAAAUCGUUAAAGUGGAGUUAUCAACCGGCGAAGGAAGGAAAUGCCGCAUCCCAAUAUGAAAUAGGUUACUGUUAUGAGUAUGGGAUAGGAACGAUACAGAGCGUCAUCCCGAAAUGGAUAAUCCUUGGACCGAGCGACCAAUUAUUUGUGUCACCGCUUCACAAGGCAUCGUCACGAGGACAUGCUCUUUUAUUAUUAUUAGUUAAUUGGUUCCCUGUUCGAACCGGAAAACUUAAAGCAUUAAAUAAUGAAUUCGUCCGUUUCAACAUUGCGGUAUGUACCGUCUUCUUUGGAGUGACCGUUCCACGUUCCAUCUCGUAUCCUUCAUAA